AAAAAAAAAACAAAUCCAGUAUUACACAGCCACCAUGGAAUUUUGUUCAAGAAAAAGAAAGUUCAAACUCUCGUAAAACAGUCGAUUCGAAAUGUGGAAAGCCAAAAAUUAUCGAACAGUUGGUUUUUAGACCUGACAGCAGUUGUAUGCCUCUGCAAGAUAUUAAAAAGAUGUCAGGUACAACGUUCAAUCGAAAUGUGCUGAGUACUAACAAAUAUUUGCAAUCAACUCGGAAUUCAUUAAAGGACAAAGAAAAUAGGCAUAUAAGUAGUCAUACAAAGCGUCUUGCAAAGGACUCAGAUGAGAGAAGUUUUUACAAAUCGAAAGCAAGCGAUAAGACCUGUUUUAGUAAAAUGGGUAACCACAAUCCUGGAGUUCCGUCGAAAAAUAAUAUCAACAAUGACUUGGUAAAGAAGUCCUCCAGUUAUGGAGAAAAGGGCCGCAAAGACAAGCCAAACGAAGAAAAGCCCCAUUUUCAACGGACUGAUCCUAAGCCUGAUAACCACGAGCCUGGAGUUCAGUCGAAAAAUAAUAUCAACAAUGACUUGAUAACCACGAUUCUGGAGUUCCAUCUAAGAUUAAUAUCUACUAUGACUUGAUAAAGAAGUCCAGUCAUGGUGAAAAGGGCCUAAAAGAGAAGCCUAAGGGAGACCAGCUUAGGCAUUAUCGCCAGAGGGAUCUUAAAUGUGGUAUCUUUAUUUUUUUAUGCUAGAAUAAUCUAGAAAACAUUCCUUAGACGACCCAAGGAUGUUUUCGAAAUUUCAUAUUAAUUAAUUUUGUAUAUAAUUUAUCCCCUAAGUUAUUAUUUCAAAAAUUUCUUGAAAAACAAUUCAGUUUUAAAGAUUUAUUGUUUUAAAUUAUUCUAUUUUAGACUCUUAAAAUGAUAAAGAACGCAGGUAUAUAUACGUAUGUUUUAUGAUAUUACACCAUUUUUAAACUUGUACGAAGUCAUUUCAAAAUUUUUGUAACUUGUAAUUGUAAACCUCAAAUUUAGAACUAAUUUUACUGCAACGUUUAAAAAUGAUUCAAAAUAUAUAAGGGUGCGUCAGCCUCGCGCAUUUGAGUUUUGAUUGUGUUAAAGUACUGAAAUUUAAUUAAUUCCAUUUAUCAGGAGAUCUAAAGCCGCGUUCUCAGUUACAUUCUAAAUUAUAAAUUAAUAAAUUUGUUAGAGACAGAACGGACAUUAAGAGUUGUUGACAAUCAUUCACAAGGAGAUAUCUUUAGUUUUGCCGCUGCAAAAUAGAUUCGGAUCAUUUGAAUCCUUACAUCUUUACCAAAAUAAAGAGAAUAAUGCGAAUGGUAAUUAACGAAUUAUGUAAUUUUUUCUGCUUCUUAUUUAGCACAUCUGAAAAAAUGUUUAAAUGUGCUCAACUUUAAUGUCAUGCGUUUCGCAGAGUCCCAUUCAUGCGAUAAGAAAUCGAAUGUUACAUUCUAAAGACACGAUUACAAAAAUUGAUACGAAAUAUGAUUAUAGCUGUUAUCCAAUAAGGCUUAGACAGGGUGUCUACUCACAUGCUGGAAAAAAUUCCAUGAUAAUUCCAGGUUUUUCCAAGUAUGUCAUAAUUUUCCGAAGUAUCAAUUUUCAUAGUACCAAAUAGUUCAAUUUCAAACUAAGAAGGAUCAAUUUGCAACCAAAUAGCUGAACCUUAAAGUAAAAAAUCUGCCCUUAACCAAAAAUG